GCCUGCGCGGUAGUUUUUAAUGCUACAGAGAUGGCCGAGUCUCCCGCUCUGAAGAGAAAAUGUGAGGAGAAAGAGGAAGAGAACGGAUCCGCCGCGUCUCAAAAUGAAGAGCCGGCCCCCGGCAACUUCCCUUUGGCCGAACUCUCUGUGAUGAAAGUGCUCAGGGAAUCUGCGCGGGAGAAGACGAUCUUCCUCCACGGGCGGGUGAAUGGUGCUUCUGGGGAUAAGGCAGAUGCUGUUGUGAUCCUUGAGAAGAUUCCCUUCCAGGAAGAGAACAUCACUGAACUCCUAAAGAAGCACACUGGGCUUCAGCUCCAGGUGUCCAAUGACAUCUAUAGCACUUACCACCUCUUUCUUCCUCCAGAAUUAAAUG